AAGGCAGCUCCGCUACCGGCUGCAGAGCUUCCCGGAAGCGAGAGGAGCAGUAGCGGCUCUGCUGUUUGUAGCGGCCCAGGCGCUUCGGGGUCUCAGGCCGCGACGUUUGUGGGGGGCCACCGGCGCCUGGCGAAGGGAGGACGAUGUACCGGACGAGCGCCGGCGGCAGCGGCCUAAAGCGAGCUUAAGGCCGUGCGAGCAAAGUCGUCGCCGCCGCCGAGUCAGCCCCGGCGCCCGGUUCCCUCGGCGCCCGUCCGGCUGGCCCCGCCGCUCUGGCCCCGUCAGGCCCCUUUUCUUUGCGCUGCGGCGGGCGGAGGCGGCGGAAAGAAAAGCCCAUGGAAGGGAACCGGGACGAGGCGGAAAAAUGCAUCGGAAUCGCGCGAGAGGCCCUGGAAACCGGCAACCGUGAACGGGCGCUGCGCUUCCUCAAUAAGGCCCAGAAGCUCUAUCCGACGGAGACCGCCAAGGUGUUAUUGGAGGCAAUUAUGAAGAAUGGGAGUGCAGCUGGAAGUGGUACUCACUGUCGAAAACCAGCAAGUAAGAAUGAUAAAAGUAAAACUAAUAGCAUGAAGGACAACAGUGGAUCAGGUGAAAUUGGAAAGACUUACACCAAGGAGCAAAUUGAGGGAGUUCAAAGCAUAAAAAAAUGUAAGAAUUACUAUGAGGUCCUUGGAGUGUCAAAAGAUUCAGGUGAAGAAGACUUGAAGAAAGCUUAUAGAAAACUUGCUCUGAAGUUUCAUCCUGACAAAAAUCAUGCACCAGGAGCAACGGAAGCUUUUAAAAAAAUUGGAAAUGCAUAUGCUGUGUUAAGUAAUCCAGAAAAACGCAAACAGUACGAUCUCACAGGCAGCGAAGAUCCCUGCAAUCAGCCAGGCAAUGGUAGAUUUAACUUCCACAGGGGAUGUGAAGCAGAUAUCACCCCAGAGGACCUCUUCAACAUGUUCUUUGGAGGAGCCUUUCCAACAGGAAGUGUACAUUCUUUUUCUAAUGGACGGUCUGGAUUUAGUCACCAUAAUCAGCAUCGUCAUAGCGGACACGAAAGAGAAGAGGAAAGGGGUGAUGGGGGGUUCUCCAUGUUCAUUCAGUUGAUGCCAAUUAUUGUGCUGAUCCUCGUUUCUUUACUUAGCCAGUUAAUGGUAUCUAAUCCUCCUUAUUCCUUAUAUCCAAGAUCGAGUUCAGGGCAGACUAUCCAGAUGCAGACAGAAAAUCUGGGUGUUGUUUAUUAUGUCAACAAGGACUUUAAAAAUGAAUAUAAAGGUCCAAAUUUGCAAAAGGUGGAAAAGAGUGUAGAAGAAGACUAUGUUUCAAAUAUUCGAAAUAACUGUUGGAAGGAAAGACAACAAAAAACCGAUUUACUCUAUGCAGCAAAAGUUUAUCGGGAUGAUCGCCUACGAAAGAAAGCAGAAGCUAUUUCCAUGGACAACUGCAAAGAGCUAGAACGAUUAACCAGCCUCUAUCGAGGAGGAUGAGCUAAAGUUUUGACCAAUAUUGCUUGAAGUACAUGCUUUCUAAGAAAAAUACUGUUUCAUCAUGACAACUGAAAAGGAAAGAUGUAAAAAAUUCACUCCGUAGCUAUUUCCAAAAACCUUACCCUGAAGUUUCAAUAUCAUUUAAUAGCCUCUUUAGGUAGUCUGAAACAUAGGACAAAGAUUGUUUACAUUAUUGAAUUGUCCUUUAUAUUUUACUCCCAAAACCUCUGUGAACUUUUCCACAAGAAAGAAAGCAUUUUGGACAAGCUGCUCCACUAGAAAUGUAGAUGAAGUUGUUCUCUUAUUAAAAUACUUGCCAUGUAAAUAUAUGUGAGACAAUUACUUAUAUGUAUAUAAAAAUGUUAUGGACAUCUGAAGGCAUUUAGAAUAUUAAAAGUGUCAAUCUUAAUAGGUGGAAUAAAUAAUAUGACUACAUUAAUUCAGAUGUCAGGUAUGUGGAACUAAAGAAGAAAAUGGAGGUUUUAGGUUUCUUUUUUUCAUUUAUUUUCUCAUUAACAAAAUUAAGAUCUCUGCUGGAAAAGAGAAAUGUUGUAUAUUGAAUGUACUUGAGUUCCUAAUAGAAUAUGUUGGUGUUCCAAAAGAAUUCAGUUAAGCAAAUGCUGCUUUUCAGACUCCUCCUUAGUUUGAUUUUUAUUUUACUUUUAUUUUUUUUAAUCAUUCAAUAAUUUUGGAGCUCCAAUUUCUAUUUUGCUGUCAGUUAAGAAAAUUGUUCUUAAAGUUCAGCCUUGUGCCUUUGUUUUGUGGUUAGUUGGUUCAUCUUAUUUCUGAAUUGUCAUCAAUAUUAAUAGAAGCCAUGGUCUUGUUUAAGGAUAUUAGUUAAAGUCAUAAUGUAGCAACUUCAGGCCAUAUGUAUAUGAAGGGUAGCACUAACGAAAGAUCUGCUUCUAAAGAUCUGCUUCUUUAGAUCUGCUUCUAAAGAUCAUUUAUGACAUAUUGCUAUAAUCACUUUUUCCAGUUUAAAUUUAAUGUGAUUUUGGAAGAACUGAAGAUAAGAAAGAACUAAAUUUAUAUGUUUCUAAGCUACCAUAUAACUAAUGUGGAAAAAUAUUUAUUUUUUAUUGAUUUGUAUACUUUGUUCUAAGGGCAGCCAAUGUGGGAUAGAUUAGAAAGUAGCUUUCACAUGAAUCAGCACAUCAUUGUAAUAUAAAGAUGCCAUUUUUAACUGAAAGAUAGUACUUUAGACUUAUUUCAGUGAAACAACUUUCAUUGUGGUCUUCUGCCUAUAACAUUUAGCUUUGAAAACUUGUAAUUUUUCAUAGGUGGCGCUUAAAUUUCCUAGUACUGACUCAUAAGGUCACAUGAAUAGUUUCAUUACUGCUAUGGAACAAAAGCCUAACCGAUAUGUGAGUGGCUUUUCUUUUAAACAGAUAAUUAUAAAGCCACAUUACUUCAGAAUUGCUAUUUUAAUAGUACUUCAACAUUUUUGUAAAAAGAGAAAAAUGUGAAAUGAGUUUUGGGUUAAAAAAAAAGCAUUCUGGAACACUCCCAUCAGAACAUUUUUAGAUAGCAAGUUUCUUGGUUGUUCUGAAUUAGUUUAAAAAUGAAAUUCAGUUACAAACUUCGCUGAAAAAAGCAAGCCUACUGUAAUCUAUUUUCAUUCAUCUGCAAAUUGUUGGACAAAUAGUAUAUGUAAGAUUCUGUCAAACUAUUUUAGUUAUGUCUUCAGUUUUAUAGAGGAAUAAACAAUACAGAUUCCCUGUAAUUUUAGUUAUCUAUAUCAUUAAUGAAUUCAGCUUAUUUUGAAGAUCACUCAGGCUUUAGAGUUGCAAAAUUAUUAUUUUUUAUUUUGUGCUGCAAUUACAGCUAUCAAUAUAACCUUAAGUUCUAUAUGAACACACCUCCCUUGGUCUCUGUCUGUUCCUCAUAGAACGAGGAAGGAGAAAUGCUCCUUCACUUAAUUCCAAGUAAAUAUGUUAUAAUGAAUUCAAUAUUUUCUAUAAAUUCAUAAUUACAAGUGUAUAUACAGUUUUAUAACUUCCACACAUGAUUAUUUUUAUUCGAAUUUCACUGAUAUUGAAAUAACAUGUUCAAAAAUCAUGAAGCAAACUUGGACAAGUCUUCAAGUAAUCCAAAAUUAAAUGUGUUCAUGGUACUGGGAUUUAACAGAUUCUGCACAGAGAUUGAUGAUUGAGAACUUAAUAAUGCAGCUCUCUCUGGGCAUAUGCAGCUAUUGAGAAUGUCAGGGUGCUCUAGGAGCAUUUUAUAUUUGUAUAAGUCUCUGGCCAGGCAACCACAGCCUGAACUGGGAUAAACUGAAGCUCAAACUUCAGAAACCUGGGGGUAGGGGUUGAUUGAUAGAGAAAGCUUUCAAAACCUGCAGUUUAACCAGUCAGCUGAAUGUAUAUAAGACACUUCUGUGGUCAUCAAAAAUAUUUGGUAACUAAUUUUCUAGAUUUCCAUAAUGAAUCUAUGGGCUUGGAUCUAAAGAUGCACUUUCACUAGGAAGUUGUAUUUGAAAGUGACUCACUUUAUAUUUAUUCUUUUCACCUGCAGCUCACAAUAUAAUACUUCAACUUAAUCUCUUAAGAGCAGGUAUUUGGGAAAUUGCUAGUAAGAGCCUGCUUUUUCAAAUUACCGGUAUGCCUCUAAAAUCCAAGCCUAAAGUGUUAAAGCAAAGCGUUGAAAUUAAUGGAACUUCUUCUGAAAUAAUAUAUGAGAUUUGGAUCUCCAAGGGUGAACUACUAAUUCAUAACAAGACUAAUUAGCCCUAUUAGUUUACAUGCAGAUGAUAUACUAGAAUGCUUAUACUUAUGAAUUGCAUUAAUUUAUCCCUCUGGUCAGGGUUAAGGAUGUAGAAAAUUAUGUUGAUUAUUUGCAUUAUACUUUAUGUUUCUAGAAUUGAGGUAAUAGUUGCUAUUCUUGAAAUUGAUAUAUAAUUAAGCUUCAAUUUUCAAGAACAUUUAUUUUCUUAGAGGUAUCUUCCUCUAGGAUUAAUAAGUGGAAAGCAUAUUAAUAGCAUUAGUAAUAACUGAAAACCUGGAUAGUAUUUCACUUUAAACAUAGCUUUCAACUAUAAUUUUAAUCAGGAUUUAUGCUGAUAUGACUAAAAGUUUUACCUUCAUUAUUUUAAAAAGUCUGUUCUUUAAUGCACCAAUUUAAUUGGGCUGUGACCUAAUUGCCUUAUACCUUUUAAUUUUACUUGAAAAUAGCCACAAGGACUAUAAAUUUGAUAACAGAAUUUUACUAGGUACAAAAAUCAUUUCCAUGAACACCCUAAUUUCAUUUUAUUACCAAAUCAUGUUUUUUUUUAGUUUUGGAAGAAACAAAGUGGUUUAGAUUAGUUAAAGAACAAAGGAAAAAUAAUUUUAAAAAGUCUUUCACCAUACCAGCCAAAGAUGAACUUCUUUUGAAUGAACAAAAAGUUUGAAGAUAUGUUUAUAGUUCUCUUGCAAAUUUGUCCAGUUCUGUUUUCCAUACUACAGGUGACUUUAGAGUUAGUUAAGGCAUUUUUUUAUUCCUUUGACCUAAAUAUUUCAUGAAUGGAAGGAUUACUGGUUUCUUUUAAGUUGCUUUGAUGUAUUAAAAAAGAACAGUUGCAAGCUGUUUUUUCUUUCUUUAGAAUAUCAGUUGGAUGUAUUACAAUCUGCACCAGACAAUGUUAUCAUUCAGCUAGCCAUAAUCUUUAGCAGAACCAAACUUGACUUCCGCUAUUAAAAAAUACAAAUUAUUCUUAUUUCAAAAUAAUUUAAAACAAAUAUUAAAAUCUCUCUUCUAAUACGUCAAGAAACAAUCCAGCAAAAUAAAUGGAGCAAUUGAUGGAAUUGAGGGACAAUCAUAUUUGAUAUUAUAGGCAGAUCUUGCAGUACAAGAAUCAUUUACAGGAAUAAAAAUUAUAUUAAUAGCAACCUUACAUGAAAGUUUAAGCAUGUGCUAAAACAUGGAUGAUUACUUUUUGUGAACAUAAAUCAACAGCUGAGAUUUCUGGAUGGGCUUUUCCAAAUCAAUCCCAUGGGAAUUAAUAUAGGCCAUUCUAAGUGCCUAAUAAAUUAGGGCCCCAAAGGUUUAGAUUAUCCGUAACCCAUGUAUUACUAAUAUUACAACAGCUUUUCUGAUUUGCAGAAUAACUGCACGUCUCUAGAUCAUAUUCCAGCUUUGUUAGAAUUUUGAUUUUAAAAUAUGCCUUACGUUAAGGAUUAUGUUAAGGUUGCAUAUUUAUAUUUAUUUAUUUUUGUUAGCAUAUAUGUUUUAUUUCUUUUCACUGUACCAGUCUUUUGGUUUGAGAACUGCUGCUCUUAUAAAUGACUAGGUAUGUAUGCAUCUGUGUAUUGCUGUAUUUCCUAGCAUCAUACCUCCAACUUGUGAUUGUAUAAUAUUGUAUGACUAAAUAUGUGCAGAGAAUAGCACAAGUAGUAGGGAUUUGGAUGUCAUGACAAACAAAAAUUGCCUGGAAGUUGCCAUUCUUUUUCUUUCUUUGAUAAUCUUGCCCACUUUCAGUUAGGAUACAUAUGAUUACCUGAGAGGUGAGGUCUGAACCUUCACUGCAAUGAAACUGUAUUGGCUUAUGUCUUUGCACCCAUAUGAUGUAUAUAAGGAGAUAUGAGCAAAAAAAUAUUGAUCACUUGCAAAAAGAAAAGAGAAAAAGAGAAACUGCCUUAAUGGUGGAUUGUUGUGCAAAGGUUGUGUGCAAAUUCAUCAGUAAAUAUUUCCUAUGCUCAUAAUGAUAGUUUGCAAUAAGAACCUCUAUCUGUGGCUUCAUAACAUGUAAUUAGCCAAUUCUAGUGCUAGUUCAGGUUUUUCAGCUAUGUUCAAAUAUCUGUAUGUUUGUGUAUGGGAGGACAUUCUGGAUGAAGAACAAUCAGAACUAAGAGCAAGUCAAUUAUCUUUUCCUCCUAAAUUUCUCAAAAUCUGCUCUAGACAAAACUUUUUGAAGAAGAUAUUCAUGUAACACAGGAAGAAAACAGUUUGAUCAUAUGAGCAAACCUUUGCUCAUGAAACUUUGGAUUUCACCCUCUUGUAGUACUUACAGAAUCUACUAUUAAUUAAACCUGUGUAGAUUUGCUUUUUUCUAAAAGCUAUACUUAUUUUUCCAUUUGAAUAAAAUGAAAUAAUAGAGAUGUCUUACUAACAAGACAUUUCUUAACUGUUUGCUAACCUUUCACAUAACAAUCUGACAAUCUGCAGUUUGUUCAUAAGGUUUUAUAAAACUUGAUUAAAUAUGCAAGUUUCAGUUGGCAGGGGUGCUUUGUGAGUAUAAAUACAUUUAUUUUCAAGUAAAUACAUUUAGAAUUUAUUUGACCUGUUUUGUCUGCUUUAAAAAUCUAAAUGGACUUCAGUGUUAAUUCUUGGAAGACCUGAUAAUGUUUUAAAAUCAAGCUUUAAAAAUCUGUCAAGAGAUGCCCAGUAACAAAAAUCCUUUAAAAAUUAGAAUGGCAUCUUUCAAAAGAGAUGUUAUUUAUCUGUACAUUUAUGGUUAGGAAUAAAGAAAAUAAAAUUUUAAUUUGUAAUGUACCUAAUAUCAGACUUAUAUCAAAAUAAACUAUUUUCAGUGUGAA